AUGACAGACGAGUACGAAAUUUAUAAAGAGGGCGGACUUCUUCGCAAUAGGUACAAGAAAAUUGAUGACAUCAGCGAAGGUUCGUAUGGUUACGUGUCGUUGGCCAACGACGUUCAAACCAAAAAAUUAGUCGCCGUCAAGCAUAUUUUCAAAAACGAGAACGACGAUGAUGAAGACGACGAUAAAAAUUGCAGUAACGGUUCCAGCAGGAGAAGCACAGACCGAAGAUCCUCAAACGGCAGAAAAUCGAUGAUUUCGGAGAAAGUUAAAUCGAAACUAUCGAAUAACAUCUGUUUUGAAGUACUCUACGAAGUAGACAUUCACCAUAAGGUCGGAAAACACAAGAAUAUUACUGAACUUUAUGAUUUCUUUGAUUCGUUUAUUAUCAUGGAAUACUGUUCAGGGGGCGAUCUAUACGAGGCAAUUAAGGCCGAUUACGUUCCUCGUAAGACCAAACAGAUAAUACACAUCGCUUCGCAGAUCAUGGAGGCAGUCCAAUAUGUUCAUAGGAAGGGAAUUUAUCACCGUGAUAUCAAGCCCGAGAACAUCCUUAUUAGCGGUUCAGACUGGACUAUCAAGCUUACGGACUGGGGCUUAGCUACCACUGACAAGACUUCUCGCGAUAGAAGUGUUGGUAGUGAACGCUACAUGGCACCCGAACUGUUCAAAGGUAACCUUGACUGCGAUGAAGAAAACGAUUUUUACGAAUGCGAUAAAGUCGAUAUUUGGGCCAUAGGUAUUGUUCUUCUCAAUGUUGUGUUCCAUAAGAAUCCUUUUAGUGUUGCCAAUCAAACAGACAAGUCUUUUUGUUAUUUUGCUGCUAACAGAGAGGCCCUGUUUGACGUCUUUUCAACUAUGUCUUACGAUUUCUUUCAAGUCUUGAGACAUAGUCUUACCAUCGAUCCCACCAACCGAAAUUUGUCUCUAAUGCAAAAGGAACUGUUGCGUCUUGGUGAGUUCACCUUGGACGACGAAUUUUACAAUAAGCUCACCGACGAGGAGUACACCACAUCUGUGGAAUCAGGAGCGACACCUACUUUCACAUCUACUACUCCUACUGUUGUGGAGCGACUAAUUAGUACUACGCCAACAACCUCCGACACAAUCACUCCUUCACCAACUGAUCAUAAGACUGCGAAGGAAAAAGACCCGGUUCCGCGUUUUAGAUUCAGAAAAAGAAGCCAUCCAGCUCAAGGCAAUUUGCACAAGAAUGCGCUGCCGAUCAAAAUUGAUGAUACCAAGAUCAUCAGGAAUUCUAGGAAACCUUUGGCAAUCCCUACUCCGAAUACCCACAUCAACAAUUAUUUCAAUGAAUACAAAUCUAAACAAAAUGAGAAUUUCAAGACGAGAGAUUUCUUUACGCCUCCAAGCGUUCAAAAUCGGUACAUGGAGGGCAUUUUCAAUGGGAAAUCAGGAAAAAGCCGUGGUCGCAGAAACUCUCGUGAAACUUACAAGAAAUAUUCUUUUAGUGGGGCAACUCCAACCUCCAGCAGUCACCGUUCAGCCCUCAAGCCAAACACCAAUCAUCUCUCGCCCAAUGGAGCGAGACGGGGGUCUCAUUUGUCGACAGGCUCGACUCCCUCUGGGAAGUAUGUCCCACCUCACUCACGUCCCAGCUCUUUUUACGGAUCACCCAAAAUACCCAACAUCACUUCUGUGCUGGAGUCCGCUCUCAACGCUCCUGCUCCAACAGAAAGCAGCACGUUUCACGAGAAAUAUCAGGUCGCUAGUGAUUCCAACGACAACGAUCUUGACGAUGUAUUGUUCACUUUAGAGGAGAACGACUUGGAUGGCUUUGCAACAGAUAUUGAUGGGCUUUCUUUGCAUGGUGAUAUUGCAGAAGAUGUUCGACAGGAGGCUAUCUCCAAAAGUUCCCAUGAUGCGGGUGAACACGAUGUUCCCGAUCUACUGAGAUCCCCCGUCGGUACUCACCAAGAUCUUGCGUACGGGAAGGGCAAUCCUUAUUUUAAUCAACUGACAUCGUCGAGCAAACAAAGUAUGGACUCUAAGCCAAAGUCAGGUGUUUACGUACCACCGCAUCAAAGAAAAGAGAGGGCCCAAGCUGCGAAGCAGGACUCGAUAUCCUCGCCUCAUUCUGGAGCAACGUUGUCAGUGUCCCAAAACUCUAUCAGUUAUGGGUCCUUCAACUCUCGUCGUUUCAGUAACAACCAUAGCGCAGAAUCGAAAGGCACAUCGACAAAGGGAUCUGCAUUUGUGUCUAGGAACCACGGCAAGGCCACUACAGUCUUACAGCAAGAUGACAUUUUUGCCGAAUCCAAUGCUCUAGUGUUUGAGGAUGACUCAGAUUAUGACGAGGAUCCAGAAGAGACUCCCAAAAAAUCCUGGUUUGGCCCGCAUCAGUCGCAGGCUUUUUCAAAGACUCAAUCUCCCACAAAAAUAAGAACGGGCAGAAAAUCGAGUUCCAUUCAAGACGAUUUGAUAGGUUCUUUGGAACAAUAUAAGAACAAUUGGCUAAUGCUCCAACAGCAGCAAGACUAA